AUGGAACUAAUAAAAAUUGAAGAUAAAUUUAAUAACUAUAAACAACACAUUUUAGAGUUAGAAGACAAUGUAUAUAUAAUUACAACUACUCUUGAUUUUAAAGGACAUGUACAGCUUUCCUAAUUUGUCAUCAAUUACAAAACUAAAGAAGUGCUCUAAAAAAAGCAACUCAAUAUUUAGUUCAAAAUGGCUUUAUUUAUAUAAACUUCUAUGGUUGGCUAUUAUACUAUAAAUGGUAUAUUAGGUUGUUUAAUUGGAAUUCAUAAUGGAAGGCUUUUUCAAAUUAGAGAUAAUAAAAUAGAUGAAAUUUGUAUUAGUGCAAUGGCAAUCAAUUAGAUUGAAUUAAUAUCAGACUCAUUAGCAUUGCUUAGUUCUGAGACUGGAUAGAUUAAUUUAUAUGACAUCUAUACAUAAAGUACCAUCCUUUUGUUUAAUGAGUAUUUAAGUACACCUCUCAAGUAUUUUCGAAUUAGAUAUUUUUAUGAUACAAUUGUUUAAGGUAAAUAAGAUGGUUAAAUGACAUAUUUUAUUUUCAAUGACAAUAUGAAAUAAAUACUUGCAUAAAGAGAUAAAAAUAUUUAGAUGGGUAAAUUUGUGUAACAUUAAAAUAUACUCAUUUCUCAACCUAAUUGUAGACUUUAUGUUACAGGUCAGAAAUUAAUAGAUUUUGAAUUGUAUGGAGAUGUUUUGAUUAUUCUUGUUGAAAAUCAAAUUGAAUAUCUAUUAGUUGAUGUAAAAAAUCAGGAAUACAUUCGAUUAAGAGUGUUUUAAAUAACUUAAAAUAUUAGUUCUUUUUAAGUUUGUAAUGACUCUUUAAUUUUAUACAAUGAAACAAGUGUAUUUAGUAUGGAAAUGAAUAAAGGAGAAAUAAGAAAUUAAUUAGAUCAAAAAGGAACAUUUAUGAAUUUACUUACAUAUAUAAAAGACAAUAAAAUUUUAUAUAAAUGA